CCGGAAGUGACCUCACGACGGUGGCGUGGAGUCGCGGGGCGCUUCCGGCCGCGGCGUGGGGGUGGGUGUGGAGAAGCCCCUCAGCCUCCGGGUCUUCUCCUGUUGCGGGGUCGACGUGGCGAGGUGUGCGGAGGAGGCGGCGGCCAGACGGCGUGGAGUGGUCUUACUUCAGAAACAUGGCUACGGAUUGGCUGGGCAGUAUUGUGUCCAUCAACUGUGGAGAUAGCUUGGGGGUCUAUCAGGGAAGAGUGUCCGCAGUGGAUCAGAUCAGCCAGACCAUUUCUCUCACCCGGCCUUUCCACAAUGGAGUGAAGUGCCUCGUGCCAGAAGUCACCUUCAGGGCAGGUGACAUUACGGAAUUAAAAAUUCUGGAGAUACCAGGUCCUGGAGAAAACCAACAUUUUGGAGACCUUCAUCAGACAGAAUUAGGCCCAUCUGGUGUUGGGUACCAAAUGGGUAUCAGUCAGAAUGGCAUGGGCAAGCUGGUGAAGAAGCCAGCCUCUUCCAGCAGUGCCCCUCAGAAUAUCCCUAAGAGGACAGACGUGAAGAGUCAGGAUGUUGCUGUUUCCCCACAGCAGCAGCAGUGCUCAAAGAGCUAUGUGGACAGGCACACGGAGUCCCUGAGUCAGUCCAAAAGUUUCCGCCGUCGGCACAACUCUUGGUCAUCUAGUAGCAGACACCCAAAUCAGGCAACUCCAAAGAAAAGUGGCUUAAAGAAUGGCCAGAUGAAGAACAAAGAUGACGAGUGCUUCGGGGAUGAUAUCGAAGAGAUCCCAGACACAGAUUUUGAUUUUGAAGGGAACCUGGCCCUUUUUGACAAGGCAGCUGUGUUUGAGGAGAUUGAUACCUAUGAGAGGAGAAGCGGUACCCGUUCCCGGGGCAUCCCAAAUGAAAGGCCAACUCGGUACCGCCACGAUGAGAACAUCCUGGAGUCAGAGCCCAUUGUCUAUCGGCGGAUCACAGUGCCCCACAAUGUGAGCAAGGAGUUCUGCACGGACUCUGGCCUGGUUGUCCCAAGUGUUUCCUAUGAACUGCAUAAAAAGCUGUUGUCUGUGGCUGAGAAGCAUGGGUUGACUCUGGAGCGGAGACUGGAGAUGACAGGAGUGUGUGCCAGCCAGAUGGCCCUGACGCUGCUCGGAGGACCCAACAGGUUGAAUCCCAAAAAUGUUCACCAGAGGCCCACAGUGGCCCUGCUGUGUGGCCCCCAUGUGAAAGGGGCUCAGGGGAUCAGCUGUGGAAGGCACCUGGCCAACCAUGAUGUCCAGGUCAUCCUCUUCCUGCCCAACUUUGUCAAGAUGCUGGAGUCCAUCACCAACGAGCUGUCUCUCUUCAGCAAGACCCAAGGCCAACAAGUAUCUAACCUCAAAGAUCUGCCCUCUAGCCCCGUGGACCUGGUGAUCAACUGCCUGGACUGCCCCGAGAAUGCCUUCCUGCGGGACCAGCCUUGGUACAAGGCAGCGGUGGCCUGGGCCAACCGGAACCGGGCGCCGGUGCUCAGCAUCGACCCACCCGUGCACGAAGGCGAACAGGGCAUCGACGCCAAGUGGUCGCUGGCUCUGGGCCUGCCUCUGCCGCUGGGGGAGCGCGCGGGCCGCAUCUACCUGUGUGACAUCGGCCUCCCCCAGCAGGUGUUCCGGGAGGUGGGCAUCAGCUACCACUCACCCUUUGGCUGCAAGUUUGUCAUUCCAUUGCACUCUGCCUAGAGGGGCUCUGGGCGAGUUGGACCCUGCAGUCCCCUGCUGCUCCGGACACACUGAACUUGACAACGAACGCCUUAAGGAUGUGAAGCUUCAUGGACCUUGUUAAAUUUUUUCGCUUUUGGAUUUGUUACUUCUGUGAGAGAACAGAUCAUAUUUAAAAAUGACCUGUCACCUGCCCGUAGCCAAGGAAGGCUUUCCCACUGGGUGUCCUGGGUGGGCGGCAGGCUGAGUGGCUCUCUGCAUCUCUACACGUGGCCCCCUGCGUGGCUGGGUGGGGCUUUGUUUACAGACUUAGGCAGCUCACGGACCGAGUUUUCAGGUUUACAGUCACUGGGGCCUGGGCAAGCGCCUUGCGGGGUGGGGCGGGUCCUGUUUGGGGGCCUGUUCUUGCUAUGGCUCCGUGUCCUCUGCCCCCCGCACCCCCCCCCCCCCCGCAGCCUUUCUCCCGAUCAUGUCGAACUGGCUGUGCUGCAGCUGCCCGCCAGAGGGCAGACUUGCACUCCGUUCAUUUUGAGGGCUUUGAGGAGGCCUUCCUAGAGCCCCACCACAAGUUGAUUUGGGGACUCUCGACCCUUUCUCCUGAGCUGAUGCAAGUUUUAUGCUGGGAGUUUUUUCAAGGGUCCUUCUUCCUUUCCACUCCAUCACUCUGAGAGGCAGGGAAGGGGGUGGCAUCAGGAUGGUUUUACUGUAUUGGGAUUUUAUACUGUUUUUCUGUUUUCAGCAUAGGUAGUACGAGACUAUGUUACUAUAGAACCACAGUGCCCAUCUUGCCAGCAGAGCCCCCAGCCCCAUACCCUCUCUGGCUGGGGGCAGAGCCUUUGCCUAGUCUGGGGCCAGAGCUCAGGGUGCAGCUUUAAUGUUCAGUAUUGGGGAGGUCCCUGGGGGAGCCUGGUGCUGAGCCAGAAGAGGCUCCCUGGUGCUUCUGUCUUAGGCCACCACUACCCCGCUCCCACCUCCUUGCCUGCCUCUAUACCCCCUUUCUUCUGCCCCGUCUCUUUCCCCUGAAACGGUCUUUUGCAGCUGUUGUCCCAGAGCAGGGCGCAUGUCCCUCCCCUGUCUGGGCCCCACCCCAGUUCUUACAAUGUCUGGGCUUUGAACCCUUUAUGGUUGUCCACUCUAGAUGAGUACGCUUGGGGCCAGCACCCUAUCUCAAAAGAUGCCAAAAUGAGGCUAGUUCUAGAUGAGCCAGCUGGCGGGGCUCAGCCAUAGGAACAUACUGCUGCUCAGAUCCUAAGGCAGGAAAGCCCUUGGACCUCAUAGGCUUAGGCCUUGGAGGCUGGUGUCAGAACAGGAGCCAUGCCCUGGAGUCCCUGGCAGGGGCCCUUGCAAAAAGUUCGUGCUUUAAAGCCUUUUUCAGGCCUUCAGGCUUACCUUCUGCUCUCUGCUCACCCACUCUGGUUAAGGGGGUGAGUGGGAGGGCUCACCAAGCAUCAUGGACACAGGGUAGGCCCUGCUACCAUGGGCUUCAGGCUACUUAACGCUUUUCUUAUAGGAACAUAGCCAGGAGCAGAUGAGGCAGGGCAGAGGGCUGGUCCCUCCUUUCCUCCUGUUCUCCCUCAAAUGUUAAAUCGUCUCCACCAGUGGGAGGAGGCCAGAGACUGUGAGCCUUGUUGUGUAUAUCCUCCCUGAGCCUCUCCUCACUCUCAGGGCCAAGAAGCUCCCAAGAGGGAGCCCUCUCUUUAGAGGCAGGGUCAUAGUCUGCGGAGCAGUGCUGGGUUAUAGGCAUUUUAGUAAGCAACCAUUAAACAGUUUCUGGGUGCCUGCCUGUUCAUGCAGUAAGGCCCCCCGCUUGGGUACGGUGGAAGAGGAGCUUGAGGAGCCCUGGCUCAGCAGACUCUGAUUGAUCCGGUAAGUUGCAGUGGCCCUGGGGGUGAAGGCCUUGUUGAGGGGCCACUGGGAGGUUGUGCCCAAGCCUGUCUUCUCUCUGCGGGUGGCUCUGGAGCCUCUUCCUGCCCUUAGCCUCGGCCUUCCCCGGUCCUAUUAAAGAUCAGCAUGAUUCCUCUACCUUCAGCUCUUUUCAGAGGCAUCCUGCCCCCACCCCCCGCCCAGUCCCCAGGGGGCCCCAUUCAGGUGGUCAGGACCAUCACCCAUGCAGCUCUUGGGGAACCAAAAACCAGCACUUAAAAUAAAGCUGAAUGACAAGA